UGUCUUUGAUUGCUCCCAAGCUUGGACGAUGUAUUAUUUUCCGAGCUGUUGUCGACAAUUGUUUUUCCAUAGUUCUCAGAAAGAACAUUUCUUGCAUGUUGAUUAAAAAAUUUUCGUAAAUAACAUUUUUGAUAAAUUUGGAAAAAACAAAUUCGAUUAGUAGAUAGAAAAUGUCAAUUUAGCCGAAGUAAUUUUUUUUUUAUUAUAAAGUAGCUCCUUGAGUUCGUUAAAACUGUGUGGUUGCAUCAACUGAAUGAUCGACAAAAAAAUAAUGAAGAUAUUUACCAUCUUUUCCCUACACCUGUAUUUAUUACCAGCUGUAAUUUGGGCUGAAGAUUUUCCUCCUGCUCAAAAUUUAUCAUCUGGCACAACACUUUUCGCAAAGAUAAGAUCCGAAGGAAUGGUUUACGUCGACAAAACUGCUUUCAUUGAAAAAAUACUGCAAUUCAGCCAGCCACCCUUCAUUUUACUCACCCGACCCCGCGGAUUUGGUAAAACUACAUUUGUAGACACGUUAUACGAGUUUUUUUCUGGAAAUAAAGCUCUUUUCGAUGACACGUACAUCGCCAAACAAAUACCCGGAAAUUGGACGAAAUAUCCCAUUAUCCGUUUGAAUUUCAGUUUUAUAAGGCCUAUUAACAGUGAUGCUGAUAUUGAUCGGUAUCGAGAGGACCUCGCAGAUAGACUACGCUCCAUAGGAAAAGAACACGGACUCGACCCUGCAAGUCGUCGUUACUCGUACAUUGAUUUACUCAUCGAAGAUCUGAAACGAAAAUAUGGACAACCUGUAAUCGUCCUCAUCGACGAAUACGAUGAAAUAUUCAAAAAAGUCAACCCAAAAGAUCCUAAAUUAUUUUCACAGUUUAUGAAAGUUGCUAUCGCAUUCUUUCACAUAGUGAUAUCGCAAUCAGACAAUCUUGAACUGGUAUUCAUUACCGGAAUUUCUAGGCUAUCCAUGUCCGACGGGAUCGACGGGAUGAGAUACGGCGUGCCUUAUAUGUGUAUCGAGGAUAUGACUUUCAACAAGAAGUUCUCUAGUGCGAUGGGAUUCACGUUGGAUGAAAUAAAAUCGAAUUAUGGACCAUCCUUGCAGCGUUGGGCCACUCAUGAUGGAGUGAGUACCUCGACUGUAAUUCAAAAUCUUACCCAUUGGUACGACGGGUAUAGGUUCAGUUUGGAAGAUAAUGAAACCAGAGUGUUCAAUCCCAUUUCUGUGAUCAACACUUUUAUGAACUUGAAAAUCGAUAAAUAUUGGGCAAAGAGUGUAAAAAUAGAUACAGAAAUCGAAAGGACGAUGAAAAUGUCCGAAAAAAAGAUGGAUGAAUUUUUCCAUUGUAAGGUAAAAGCUAAAGAUCUGGAAAGUUUGUACGAUAAUGAAUUUAGUUUCGAGGUUCCACCGGCGAUUUUAUUACACAAUUACGGAUAUCUGACUAUCCGAAAAUAUAAUCAAAGCUCAGGUACCGUAAUACUCUCGUACCCGAAUGAGGAAAUCAAAAGUUUAAUGACAUAAAACCACUAAACUCACCCUACAAACCAAGCUGUGUGAUCAUGGGAUAAAUAUCAGUACCUAUCUGAGCUACAGCUAGUAAGGAUCUGAUCGGAACGGAUCGCCAAACGAAAUGUAGUCUCAACGGAAUAACUAUAGCUGGAAAAUAUCCCAAAAAAAUGUAGACGAGUUCUAUGUACUAUUAAUACCUAUAGUAUAAAAUCUGAAGAUACAACACGUUUGUACGAUUAUGAAUUCAUUUCUGAGAUUCCACCAGCGAUAUUACUACACAACUUCGGUUAUCUCACUAUUAAAAAGUAUGAUGAAAAAUCAGGUACCGUACUACUCUCCUACCCAAAUACAGAAAUCCAAAAUUUAAUCAAACAACAACUACAGAAUCCACCCAAUGAACCAACGUAUGCUCAUGAGACUUGUAAGCGCAGAGUAAGAAUCUGAUCGGAAAUGAUUGCCAAAAGAAGGGCGAUUAUGGACAUAUUAGCUGACUGGUCAAGUAGGUAAAACUCUCAGUACACUUCCACCAAUUUUAAAUACAUGUUUUUUUCUUUUUUCAA